AGAAAGGAGGGGGCUGCUGUGCGCCAGUUGGAGGUGUCUGCCUGUCGCAGCGGCUUGGGGUUGACAUUAAGAAGAGCGUGUUCAUGCUUCAGCGGGGAGAUACAGCACAUUUUGAAGGCGCUGAUACUCAGAUUGAACUGGUUCCAAGCAGAUACUCAUCAGACCGAGGAUACACGGAUGGACAGAGAAACACUGCAAUCGGAAUUAACUUGUCAGCCGGUGCGAGGGAUUUCUGGAUAUAAUGGGGAAUACGACACCUAAACCUUUAAUAGAUGCAACUCUGCAAUCACGCCCGGUGGCCAACAGGCAGUACUACACCCUGCCCAACAAUGGGGCAGCUGUGGAGAGACGAACGUCUGCUCCUCCGGUCAGCAUCAGUGUCGAGUCACCCCGUUUUCACCCCCAUGCCAAAGGCAAGAAUAUCAGGCUGGAUGGGCAGCUUCGUCGCGCCACGCGCAAGAACAGCUUCUGUAAUGGCAUCACCUUCAGCCACAGGCCUGUCCACCUCUAUGAGAAGGUUCGCCUGCGCCUAAGUGGUGUGCACACUGGCUGGAGUGGAGCUCUGCGCUUUGGUUUCACCAGUUUGGACCCCAGUGAAUUGGUCACUACAGAUAUCCCCAAGUACGCUUGCCCAGACCUGGUGACACGUCCGGGCUACUGGGCCAAAGCUCUGCCUGAGAGACUGGCUUUGAAGGACAACGUGUUGUCAUUCUGGGCCGAUCGCCAUGGAAGAGUGUUCUACAGCAUUAAUGAAGGAGAGCCCAUCCUCUUCCACUGUGGGCUGAGCAUCGGCUGUCCACUCUGGGCCAUCAUAGAUAUCUAUGGCAUCACUCAGGAGGUCACACUGCUCGAAAGCACGUUUGCUGAGAGUGUGGGAUCCAGCUGCCUGAGUGCGGCCCGUCUGAGUGCCUAUCUGCCCCAGAGUAGCCACGACUCAGCCAAUUACAGCAACAAUCAACUGGAGAACAACCAGGCUGCUGCUGCCAAGAUGGCCAACCUCCAGCUCAAUAAUUACACUCAGCUCAUCCCCUGCUGCUCCUCCACCUCUUCCUCCUCUACCCCAUCCUCAUCUGCUUCCACUGGGUUCAGUGUUCCGAGGGUCGUCCGGGGCCUUCCUUCCCCACUGGACAAUGACUUGCACUUUCACCUGAUCCGUGGCUCUGAUGUAAUACUCUCUGCAGAUCGCUCUGCUGCCUGCAUACACUUUCUGGACAGCAGUCGGACUCUGGUGUUCAGUGACCGGCCUCUGCAUGUGGGUGAGACUUUGUAUGUGGAAGUCGGCCACCUAGGCUUGCCCUACUUUGGGGCACUGUUGUUUGGGUUAACAUCCUGUGACCCAGCUAGUCUUCACGCCGGGGACUUGCCUGCAGACCCCGAGGUUCUCCUGGACCGCAAAGAGUAUUGGGUGGUUCACCGGGGCUUCCCAAUGCCUUGCUCUGGAGACGUGCUCAGCUUCAGUCUGCUGCCCAACGGAGAGGUGCAACACGGGGUGAAUGGAGUGGGACGUGGCAGGCUGCUCUGUGUGGACUCCUCUCAGGUCCUGUGGGCCUUUUUCACCCUGCAUGGCGCUGUCAACAGACUCAGGAUACUAGGAACACUGCAGUCCAGUCCUCCCUCCACAUCCCCAAGCACUUCCCAGAGCAGCAGUCCAGAUGACAGUGACUCAGACCUUGCGUUCAGUGUCAACAGAUCCUCCUCUGCCUCUGAAUCCUCUCUCGUGACUGCUCCCAGCUCCCCUCUCAGUCCUCCCGUCUCUCCCACUUUCACUGCCUCAGAACUGCCCCCUGCUGGAAAAAAUGGAGAAUGCACCAUUUGCUUCGACCAGGAGGUGGACACUGUCAUCUACACCUGUGGACACAUGUGUCUGUGCAACGACUGUGGGCUGAAGCUGAAGAGACAGAUCAAUGCAUGCUGUCCAAUAUGCAGGAGGCCCAUCAAAGAUGUUAUCAAAACAUAUCGGCCAUGAUGGUCCAGAUGCUUAAACAGGUGCUGUGACUUCCACUGCUGGAUGCCACCUGUGACCCCCUUCUCAGGCCUGGCUGGACACGGAUCUUGGCCUGGAGAUUAGCCACACCAGGACAUACUUGUGCCUAUAUUUCCAUUUUGUAUGGGUAAAUAAUUUCUGCAGAAAGACUAGGCUCUUCAUACACAGAACUGUGAUGAAGCUCCUCUUACAUAAUACAAAGACUGCAUACACAAGCUCCUAUAUUUUGGCUAACAGACAAGAAAUGAAUCAUGUGCUCCUGUUUUGUAUUUUUCAUGUGAUGUCUCUUAUGUCACAUCUAGCCUGUUUGCUGAGCAGAAAAAGCCUGCUGUGGAUAUUUUGUCUUUACCCUCAUUGUCCUAGAUCUAUGUGUGCUUCAGCAUAAUAUGUGGACCGUAGUCUAUGACUUCUAGUGCCUUAGAUUUUUGUCACAUUGUGUGUCCAAGUAAUUAUGCUAAUAAUCCCAGCCAUAUUUUCAAUGUACAGUACUGAAAGCUUAUGGUGAAAAAGGCACACAGAUAUAAAGGUUUUAGUAGUAAGUGGAAUGAUGUAAAUGUAUGGUAAGUGUGUUCAGUGGCGUGCUUUGAGAAAAGUAUGUUUGGUUAGUUCAAAUUGAAGAAUCUGGUUUUGCACAUUGAGAGAUUAAUAAAAGUGGAUAAGUGUGAUAAAAAAUGUGUGUAGUUUCACUAAUAAAACUGAUACAACCGUCAACACUGAAGGUUCACUUUAAAUAAUUUAAAGAUAAUUGAAUGUGUACUAUAAGUUUUUAUAUUUUAUUGCUGAUACUACUACUAAAUUGACGUUGAGAUGAG